AGCAGAAGACAACUGGUUGAUGUCCGUGGGUUUCCACAGUUGGACACUUCCAAGCGUAUCAACACCUAUCAAUGAGGCCUCAAGUAAGGAUAUCACUGCUUCACUGCACAGGAAUGUCCUGUCACGGGCUAUGUGGUGGGGGCAAGAGGAGAAGGAGAGUGUGUCCCUUAAAGCAAUAACACACGCUGCCUGCUCUCAGACUGCAGAUAGUGGAACUUACAGUGGCGCUUCCAACCUGUUCAGGACUGCAAGUGUCCCAGAUGUGGUGGGAAGGAGUCCAAAGCCAGCUUUUUCUUCCAUUACCAUUACAGCUCGGAAGGUUUUGCCAUCACGUUCCACCUCACAGGACCCUGUGUAUCCAUCCACACUAACACAGCAUGUGAAGGUAUCACCUCAACCAAAACUAUCAGGAACUUUUGGAGGAAAAGCCUCAUCCAUACCCACGAGAACAAUGAGAGUGUCAAACUCUCAACUGGAUGUGUGCAGACAGAAACCUACGAUUGUGAUGCCAAAUGAGGUCAGACAGGCCUACUCAUCAGCUGAUGGAUUGGCAGUGAGAGAUCGAGGAAAGAGGAAAGAACAACUUGUACAACGCAGACUGAGCUACACAGAGGUCGACAGAAAGUGGGACGUGAUAGGUGGCUCAUUAUUGAACCUGUCCUCACAGCCUUCCUACCGGUCGUGUAUCCAUCUUGAGGUGCCUCUGAGGUCAACUAGCUCUGUUGUGUUUUUGGACAAGUCCCUCUCUAUUUCCCUUGUGGAACUAGAAGGAAGAAGUGCAGGUCAACCCACUUCGUACAGGUCCACCCUGUCUGUUCGCCUUGGUGUCUUAUCCUGCCGCAGAUCCUCUACAGAUAACAAACCAGCAAAAACAAAUGAGGGUUACAGGAGACCUAGAGCAGGCCAUAACAAACGCAAUGGUCGAGAAAGUGGUUUGGGUCAUUGUGGAGGCCCUCUAUCAAAGCAUCGGGGCCGCAAGGUCGAGCAAAUAGCACCCGCUCAUGGUGUUAACAGCAAUGCUGAUGAUUCAGACACACAGCGCCACAGCAAUACUUUGGGAUUAUUGUCAUUCAGAGGGCCCAGCCCCUCAAACACAAAGGCUGGAAGGCAGAAGGGGAAUGCAGAUGAGGCAGCCUUUCCUUCACGGAGCAAUUUCAGACACAGGCAGCACACUUCCAAUAUAGGCCCAGUGGACUCUAGAACAUGGAGCAAGCGAGCAGGGAGUGACAAGACAGAGGAACGACAAGACCAUAACUGUUCUACGGAGCCUCAAAAAGUCUCUGCUUUGGACAAAACCUUUUCCCAACUGAAGGCGGAUUCACUGGACGGCAAAACCAAGACUCUCAGCCUCAAAGAGGCUUUGGAGCUCUUCAGGCCAGACUUCAUCAGCCGAUCUCAGGGUCGGUUGAGGAGGCUGGAGCAGAGGGCUCUGAGAAGGAGAACGCUUCAGGACUCCAAUCCAGACCUGGAGCAAGGCCUUAGGGAGAGUAACUACAAACAAAAGAGGAACUGCACCACACCGGAUCCACUUAGUGAUAACCUUUUCAAGCCAAGAGAGAGGUCUAUAUCAGGCAGAGAGAUGCAGCUGAGGUCCAGACGGAUUUACAACAAGCUGCCGGAGGUGACAAAGAAAAAGGAGGAGGAGAAAAAGAGGGCUGUAUCACAGACCAACAGACUGCGAGCGGAAGUCUUUAAAAAGAGACUUCUGGACCAGAUCCUGCAAAGAUAAGGAGACAAUAAGAGGCAAAUGGGGUUAAUUCACUGACCAUUCUGGCUCUUCAGUUCUCUCCAUGUAUAUUAAACAUGACUGUGUGUUUAAUUCAGUUAAUCUUCUUUGCAAAUCAUUGCCAUGCCUGUGCAUAUGUAUUCAUUUUCUUCUAUUUCUUUAAAAAAAAUCCUGUUUGCUCAUUGUAUCCUGACUGCUUUACAGUGCAACAAAAUGCAACAGUAAACAAAAAAAUGUGAUUUUGCUGACAUUGUCAAUAAGCUUUUGCAGGGUGACAGGAAGACACAUUAAAAGCAAAUUUCUUUAUUUUUCACCAGUAUUUAUUUAUGUAUAUUUGAUUGACACAUAACAACGAUUUAGAUAUUUUCGCUUAUGCCAAUGGCAUACUACAGCAAAAUAAGCAAUUUUGUUUUUGCAAAUUAUACUGUAAAAGUUUUUCUGUAGAUGAAAAUUUUAUAUCAUGCGCAAGGCGAUAUUAAGUUUGUUUGUGUGCACACACUGACAAAGCCCAACCUUCUCAUCCACCACCAACACACUUAUAAUAAAAAAGUGAGAAUGGUUUGGCAGUUUAUCUAUUAAAGCAUUUCAAUUGUAAUCUGUCUUCACCCAGUGAUUAAAUACAGAUUAAUCACAUAAUUGUAUUCAUUUCUUUCCUAAUGGUUUGAUUCUUUACAAUCUCAUUUUCCCUCUAAUGUACCUCAAAAU